UUAAUAUUUUUUCACAAAAUGGGCGAACGUUAUAACAUACACAGUCAAUUGGAGCAUCUACAAAGCAAAUAUAUUGGCACAGGACAUGCGGAUACCACCAAAUUUGAGUGGUUGACCAAUCAACACCGCGACUCAUUGGCCAGUUAUAUGGGGCACUACGAUAUGCUCAAUUAUUUUGCCAUCGCCGAAAACGAAUCCAAGGCGCGUGUGCGGUUUAAUUUAAUGGAACGCAUGCUGCAGCCGUGUGGACCGCCGCCGGAAAAACUAGAAGAUUGAACAGUAAUAAAUUAAAAUCUAAAUAAAUGUAAGAACCAAGCGGUGUA